GUUCGGCUCCCUCCGCCCGCUGCUGAGUUCAAUCCGGUGCAGCCAGCAUGUCCACCCACUUCAGCUCCCAGGUCUUCAGCUCGCGCUCCGCCACCUUCCCGGGGCGCGGCGCCCAGGUGCACCUGAGCUCGGUGCGCGCAGGCGGCUCCCGCGGCGGCAGCCUCUACGGCCUGGGCGCCCCGCGGUCGCACGUGGCCGUGCACUCUGCCCACGGGGGUCCGGUGGGUGCCGGCAUCCAGCGGGUCACCAUCAAUCAAAGACUGCUGGCCCCGCUGCGGGUGGACACUGACACCUCCAACAUCCAGCAGGUGCGCCAGGAGGAGCGUGAGCAGAUCAAGACCCUGAACAACAAGUUCGCCUCCUUCAUCAACAAGGUGCAGUUUCUGGAGCAGCAGAACCAGAUGUUGGAGACCAAGUGGGCUCUACUGCAGGAGCAGAAGUUGGUCAAGAGCAGCUGCCUCCCGGGCAUCUUUGAAGCCUAUAUUGCUGGCCUGCAGAAACAGCUUGAGGCCCUGCAGAUGGAUGGGACCCAGCUGGAGAUGGAGCUCCAGGGCACACAGGACAUGGUGGAAGACUUCAAGAAUAAGUAUGAAGAGGAAAUUAACCGGCGUGCAGCUGCUGAGAAUGAGUUUGUGGUGCUGAAAAAGGAUGUGGAUGUUGCCUACCUGAACAAGAUGGAAUUGGAGGCCAAGGUGAAUGCCCUGAACGAGGACAUCAGCUUCUUCAGGACCUUCUGUGAGACGGAGGUGUCAGAGCUGCAGUCCCAGAUCUCCGACACGUCCGUGGUGCUGUCCAUGGACAACAACCGCUCCCUGGACCUGGACGGCAUCAUCGCUGAGGUCAGGGCCCAGUACGAGGACAUCGCCAACCGCAGCCGGGCCGAGGCCAAGGCCUGGUACCAGACCAAGUUUGACACCCUCCGGGCCCAGGCCGGGAAGCAUGGGGAGGACCUCAGGAAUACCCAGACUGAGAUUCUGAAGACGAACCAGGCCAUCCAGAGGCUGCAGGCUGAGAUCGACAACAUCAAGAACCAGCAUGCCAAGUUGGAGGCCGCCAUUGCCGAAGCUAAAGACCGUGGGGAGCUGGCCCUCAAGGAUGCACGUGCCAAGCAGGAGGAGCUGGAGGCCGCCCUGCAGCGAGCCAGGCAGGACAUGGCCCAGCAGCUUCGGGAGUACCAGGAGCUCAUGAAUGUCAAGCUGGCCCUGGACGUGGAGAUCGCCACCUACCGCAAGCUGCUGGAGGGCGAAGAGUGCAGGUUGAACGGAAAUGGAGUGGGAGCCGUGAAUAUCUCUGUGGUGAAUAACGUCGGUGGUGGCAGCGGGCUGGCCUUUGGGGGAACCAUGGGCAGCAAUGCCCUGAGAUUCUCAAGCGGAGCCCACAAGGCCUGUUCCAUGAGGACCACUUCUGCUGCUCACAAGAGUAUCCUCAACUGAGCCACGGCUGUGGGGAGACCCGUAUCUCUUCCCCCCACAGUCAUAAGACAUUCCCAUCUGGGUCCCAUCCCUGGUCUCUAGACUGCAAAGCAGGCUGAAAAAUGAUGUCAGAAUAGCUUUCAAUAAAGUCUCUUUCUGAGGCCUGGGUGAGCCCAU